AGAAAUUAUUUCUAGCUGGAAAAAUAAUAUUUCUUUCAGUGAAAAAAAAUGGCACAGAAUAAUGAUGGACCAUCAAAUAAAAAAAGAAAGCGGAACAAUGAUGAUAUCAGAAGUGUUUGUGAUCUACUGAGCAUUCGUGUUGGUAAACUAAAUAUUGGUAAAAAUAAAAAAAUAACACUAUUAGUUGGUGACAUGAAAAUGAAUGCAAUGAAAAUUACUCAAGAUGAAUAUGCACACUUGGAUGAAUCUUAUUUUUCUCAAAAUACUGAAACCAUCAUUGACAUGGAUUGUUGUAAAUACAAACAAACAAAAAAUUUUGACAUUGACUUGGAUAUCAGGACAAUACUCAACACAAUAAAUGUUGAAGGAUACAUUGAUCAAUGUACAUUAAAUUACUACAAAGCUGGUGAUUUUAAAGCUACACAUCAUCAUGGAUAUCGUCAAGAAAAAAAAGGUACAUUGAUUUUGUUAUUACCAUCAGAAUAUGUUGGUGGUGACUUUUGUUUUGGUGAUGACAAUGCUGAAAAAGAUGUUGAUAAAUCAACAUUGAGAUUUAUUUAUUUUAAUAAUAAAUUGGAACCUUCAGUUACCAAAGUUUCAAGUGGCAAUCGUUUAUCAUUGGUUUACAAUGUUUGUGAUCCUAAUCAUCAGCGAAAAAAUGUUAUUGGAUACAGUAGCACUGAUAUUCGUUUCCCUGAUGAAUAUUACAAGAAACUAUUGGAUUAUACAAUCAACUAUUGUAAAGGAAAAAAAAAUAUCUUACUUGGAUAUUAUGAACAUCGUGAUGCUGCAUUUAACGAACGUUUACUUGCUGAUAUUGAAGCUAAAUAUAAAGUUAUUAAAGUAGCAGUCGAAGAAAAUUCUCCAAUAAGUCAAGUUACAACAGUUCAUGAAUUGAAAGAUGAGUUUUAUGACGAUGAUGAUGUUUUCUUUGAUGAACCAGGAGGUAACGAAAAAUGUUUUGAAGACCUUGUUGAUGAAGAGUUUGAGGUUCAACACAAAUUAUUCACCAAACACUGUGCUUUACAGUAUGAAGAAAUCGGUUUAGUCACUCAAAUUGGACACAGAAGAACAUGGCAAAUUGAAAAAGAGUACUCAGUUGAUAUCUAUACUGCUUAUUUAAUCAAUCCAAAUACUGAAUACAAGAUUCAUGAUGACGAUGAUGCAGAUUAG